AGCAAAGUUUCACAUCCAAAUACAACUUCCAGCAAAAAUGGCAACCCUCACCAUGAAAAAAAGCUUUAUAGCUAUUAUCCUAGCAGGAAUACUUGCUGGAGCCAUGCCUGGAAUGGUCAAGGCUCAAUGUGGUAACAGUUGUUCAGCAACUGAAUGUUGCAGUCGAUUUGGUUUUUGUGGAACAGGUUCUGAUUUCUGCGGUGUAAACUGCCGAGGGGGUCCUUGUGUUAACAAUGGUGUUUCAAUAGCUGACAUUGUUACACCUGAAUUCUUUAAUGGGAUCUUGAAUCAGGCACCUGCAACUUGUGUGGGACGAAACUUUUACUCAAGAGGAGCAUUUCUUGAGGCUCUCAAUUCUUAUCCUCAGUUUGCCAGGAUUGGCUCAGUUGAGGAUUCCAGGCGUGAGAUUGCUGCUUUCUUUGCACAUGCUAGCCAUGAGACUGGAAGGUUUUGCUUCAUAGAAGAGGAAGGUGGCGCCUCUGAGGACUACUGCGAUGAGAGCAGAACAGACUAUCCAUGCAACCCAAGCAAAGGUUACUAUGGGCGAGGACCACUGCAACUAUCAUGGAAUUACAACUACGGACCAGCUGGUAAUGACAUUGGGUUCGAUGGGUUAAACGCACCAGAAACCGUGGCCAAUGACCCUCUUGUAGCGUUCAAGGCUGCCGUGUGGUUUUGGAUGGAAAGUGUUGCAUCAGUCAUGAACCAAGGAUUUGGAGCAACUAUUCGAGCCAUUAAUGGUGACCGUGAGUGUAAUGGGGUAGAUCCUGCUAAAGUUCAGAGUCGGAUUAACUUAUACACAGAAUAUUGUAGCCAACUUGGUGUUGCUCCCGGUGAUAACCUCAGCUGCUAGAAUUUAUACUAAAUUAGCAGCUUCCCACCCCUCUCUCUCCAAUAUUGUUUCAGUCAUAUCCUUUUCUUGCCUUAAUAAUUUGAUGUAUUCUUAAAAGGAAAUGACUCC